AGAGAGAGAGAGAGAGAGAGAGAGAGAGAUGCCAGAAUAUUGUGUGACCGGAGGAAAUGGACUCAUAGCCUCCUAUCUGAUCAGAGAACUUCUAUCCAAAGGCCACAUUGUUCGUGCAACCGUUAGAGAUCCUGAUGAUGAGAAGAAGGUUGGUCAUCUAUGGAGCUUUCAUGGUGCUAAAGAGAGACUGAGGCUGGUGAAGGCUGAGUUGGUGGUGGAUGGAAGCUUCGAUGAGGCAGUGGAUGGCGUCGACGGUGUUUUCCAUACUGCCUGCCCUCAAGCUAACAUUAAGGAGGUAAUGAUGGAGCCAGCAAUCAGAGGCACAAUGAACGUACUGAAUGCCUGCGCCAAAGCAAGAUCAGUUAAAAGAUUGGUGCUCACAUCCACCUGCGCCGCGAUAAGGUACCACGAGGACGCUGAUAUGAUCUCCCCGCUCAAUGAGUCACACUGGAGUGAUACAGACUAUUGCAGGAAAUACAAUCUGUGGUAUGCUUAUGCCAAGACACUGGCGGAGAAAGAGGCAUGGCGACUGGCGAAGGAACAUAACACGGACCUCGUCGUUGUACAUCCAUCGUUUGUUGUUGGACCUCUGAUCACACCACAGCCUACUAGCACCCUCCAAUUCCUCCUCUCCGUCAUGAAAGGCCCUUCGAUUCCUAACCUAACAUUGGGGUUUGUUCAUAUUGAUGAUGUGGUUUCCGCACAUAUGAUAGCCAUGGAGGACAGCAGGGCCUCAGGGAGGCUCAUAUGUUCAAGCAGUGUUGCCCAUUGGUCUGAGAUUAUCGAGAUGAUCAGGUCAAAAUAUCCAUCGUAUCAGCUGCCAACUAUGUGUAAUGAGAUGCAACGAGAUAACAACCCUCAUAGCAUGGACACUAAAAAGAUCAAGGAGCUAGGGCUUCAAGCUUUCAAAACUAUUCCUCAGAUGUUUGAUGAUUGCAUCAAAAGCUUCCAAGAGAAGGGAUUUCUGUGAAGCAAAUGGGGCCAAGGAAAAUGUUUGCUAAAUGAUUUCCAAAGAAGGAACCUUGUGUUAUUUUCUUUUCUUUUUUUUCCCCCUUUGUUUUUAAGUUCUUGGAGAUUUAAUUGAUUUCCUCUAUGUUUGUAACCGAACAGUUGUACAAUGACAUUGGAUGUGAUGAGCAUAUGAUAGAAGUAAUAUCCAAACUAGAUUCACGGGUUACAACGCAGGGGACGUGUCCACAACCAAAUCCAUGCCUUCUGGAUACACAAAUCCUUUGUAAUUUGCAUCCCUCGUGAGCUCACAGAGGAAAUACUCUUCACAAGUUGAGCAUGAAUCCAAUAUCUCUAUGUAUCCAUUUUCUCUUUACUAAUAGGUCACAACUUGUUUGAGGACGAUAU